GCACUCGGCGGUCUCACAGACACAGUCGGCAAGACCGGCAAGGGCCUCACCGAUACCGUAGGCAACACUGUCCAAGGCGUUGGCAAAGGCGCCAGCGAUACCGUUGGCUCUGCUACUAAAGGUGUUAGCGAUACCACAAAGGGACUUGGAGAUAGUGCUAAGAGUGCUACUGGAGGCUCCAGCGGCGGUGCUCCUGCUAGUGGAGGUGACCCUAAUCAUCUUGGACUG